AACUUCAGUCUUCAUACUCAGUUCUGUUGACUGUUCAUUCAUGUAAUUUUAGUUGUGAAUUCUUUAUAGUUUCUCUUCAGUGAAUCGUUUGCCUUGUAUUAAAUAUAUAUAUAUAUAUAUAUAUUUAGUAUAUUAAAAAAUAAAAUCGAGUGAUCGACAGUCACCGGGUACCAAUAUACUUCAAUACUAUGCUCUAAUUUUUUAUUAUAAAAAUGGAUAAAGAAAUUGUAGGUAAUGUGACUAUGGAUGAACCUCCAAAGUAUGGCCUGAAAUUUGCAUUAAAUCAUGAAUUUCCUCUUAAAAGCAAACAACUUAUUAUACCAAGACCAAAACAAAUUUUUGAAAUGAUGCCUUUAACAACAAGGUACCUUAAAUACUAUUUAGCUCGAAAAAUGCAAAAACGGAAGCCAAUAAUGGAUUACAUUCAUAUGAUAUCUGCACAAAGAAUGUAUGGUUGUCCAAUUGGAGGCAUUGGUGGUGGUACCAUUGGCAGAGGAUUUAAAGGGGAAUUCUGCCGCUUCCAACUUUAUCCUGGCAUUUAUGAAUAUGUCACAGUACCAGAAUGUCAAUUUAUUGUAAAUAUUAGGAAUGCAAAGAGAGAGACCAUAUUUCAGUCAGUUUUAUCUACCUACAACAAACCAAAGAAAGUACUUCAAUCAUGGGAAUGGAAAAUUAAUGGCUCAGAUUGUGAAUAUACAGCUUUAUAUCCAAGAGCUUGGACCACUUAUGAUCUCUCAAAAUAUGGAAUUAAAUUAGUUUGUCGUCAAAUAUCGCCAGUGAUACCUCACAAUUAUAAGGACAGUAGUUUGCCGUGUGCUGUUUUUGUAUUUUCAGCUCAAAAUGUAUGUAAUGAACAAAGAGAUGUUAGUAUUACCUUUACUUGGACUGAAGUUCUGGGAGAACCUAAAAAGAAAAAAGCAACAGGUAAAUUAGACUUGGAAAGAUAUUCCGAGGAAAAUACGUGCGGAGUGACUUUGGAACAGAGAAUAGUUGACCAACCGUGCACAUUCACAAUAGCUAAAAAUAAACAAGAAAAUGAAACAAUCCAUGAAGGUUACUGUCUUUGGAAUUCUGCAAAAACAUCUGGCUACGUAUGGGAAUGCUUAAAGAAACACGGAAAAUUAGAGCCGGAUCCGAGUCAGACGCCGUCUCCUCCAAAAACUGACGGUAAAAAAGAGAGCAAGGAGAAAACGAAAAAGGUUUACAAAAAUGACUCCAUAGGAUUGUCAAGUGUAAUAUCUUUAGAGCCGGGAGGAUGCGGUUCAACCGAAUUUUGUCUUGUAUGGGAUAUGCCUGUUAUUAAAUACAAAAAAGAUUGUAAAAUACAUAAAAGAUAUUAUACAAAAUAUUUUGGCAGUGAUGGCAUAGCUGGUGCCAGUAUAGCGGCCUAUGCGCUUAGGAAUUAUAAAAAUUGGGAACAGCAACUCGCAGAAUGGCAAGAGCCCAUAUUAAAUAACAGCAAUGUACCCGAUUGGUUAAAAAGUGCCUUAAUGAAUGAGCUUUACUUCGUCGCAGACGGUGGAACGAUUUGGUUUGACGUCCCCGACGAGUUUCCUGAGACUGACCCUCGCCAUGAAUUUGGUGUAUUCGGUUACUUAGAAGGACACGAAUAUAGGAUGUAUAACACUUAUGAUGUUCAUUUUUAUGCAUCUUUUGCACUCGCACAGCUGUGGCCUAAUUUACAAGUCGUUUUACAAUAUAUGUUCCGUGACUCGAUAGCAGUAGAAACGACCAAACACAGGCAGUCGUUAUACGACGGAAAAUCUUGUAAGUUCAAAAUUAAAGACUCCAUACCGCACGAUCUAGGCGACCCGGAGGGCAUACCGUUCACUCAAAUAAACGCCUACAACAUCCACGACGUGUCCGAAUGGCGGGACCUGAACCUCAAGUUCAUCCUGCAAGUGAUGCGCGACCACCGCCUGCUGCGCGCCUACAGCGCGCCCUUCGGCGACGAGCGCUGCCGCUCGCUGGCCUUCAUCGACGACGUGCGCGACGGCACCGAGGACGACCUGUACUCGCGCGCCACGGGGCAGGCCGACGACGCCGACCACUCGCCGCCGCCCCGCUCGCCGGCCGCGCCGCCCGGCCCGGGCGAGCCGGCCGCGCCCGACCGGCCCGCCGGCGUGGCCGACAUCCUCGACCUGCUGUACCGCAGCUCCGAGGCCGUGGAGGAGGGCGGCGAGGCGCUGGAGCCGCGCGAGGCGCCGGCCGCCGUGUGGGAUUGCCGCCGCUACCUGGCAGACAUGUACCCCGCCUGCGCCGCGCUGCUGCGCCGCGUCGCGCUCUGGGACGAGGACGGCGACGGCCUCAUCGAGAACGGUGGCUUCCCGGACCAGACCUACGACGCGUGGAUAAUGACCGGUCCGAGCGCCUAUUGCGGUGGAUUGUGGGUGGCGGCGUUGAGCGUGGUCCAGACGAUGGCGAGGCUACUCGGCUUCGAGGAAGACGAGCGAGAGUUCUCGAAGUUACUGGAGCAGGCGCGGGCCUCCUACGAAAAAAAACUUUGGAACGGCUCCUACUAUCGAUUCGAUACGAAGCCCUGUAACUCUGAAGUAGUUAUGGCCGAUCAGCUAGCCGGACAUUGGUUCCUUCGAGCAUCCGGUUGGACUGACCCAAUAUUCCCUGAAGCGAACGUUAAGAAAGCUUUGCAUACGAUAUACGAGAACAACGUACUUCGUUUUUUGAAUGGUCGAAUGGGUGCUGUAAACGGCUUCGUGGGCGGAGCACGAGGUCACAUUGACACUACCGCCAUACAGAGCGAGGAGGUGUGGACCGGAGUUACAUACGGAUUAGCUUCCCUCAUGAUUUAUGAAGGUAUGCACGAGCAAGCAUUUGUAACCGCUGGCGGAUUACAGAGCACCUUAGUAAAAAUGGGAUUAUCAUUUGAAACUCCUGAAGCAUUGUAUGAGAAUGGAAACCAUCGUUCAAUAGCGUACAUGCGACCUCUAGCUAUAUGGGCGAUGUAUCAAGCUAUAUUGACGAGGCCUUGCCCAAUAGUUCCUAUUACUAACGGUCAAGCACUACACCCAAAAGAAAAUAAUUUAUAGUGUUAGCGAAAAUUUGAUUUGCAUCGCAAAAAGAGGACACAUAUAGAGUUUUUAAAUUUUAACAUCAAGAAUAUAAUUGUGCCAAGUGGUUCAGUUUCAUGUAAAAAAAAUAUUUUGUUAAAACAUUGUAUAUUGUCUUGAAGAUCCUGUGAGAUAUUUAAACAAUGAAAUUGCCUUAUAAUUUUAAAAAAAGACGCUUAAUAGCAUUAUGUCAAAUUAGGGUUUUUGACGUCUUGGACGAAUUAAUAUGUAUGUACACAGUAUUUCCAAUCGCGAAAAAAAUUGUAUUAAUUUUGUUUUGCCAUACAAAGACAAAAAAAAUUGCUCUAAAAAAUGUCAUGGCAAGUAUGAACUGCACAAAAUAUAAUUUAUAUAUUUAUUUCGAAUAAUAAGAUUAAAUUUACCAUUUAAAGAUCAUACUUGAAACAAAAUUUCACUUACUACUUUGUUUACAGAACUUAUUGAUAAUAAUCAUCAAUCAGGUUAACCAACAGAUUAAAAAAAAUAUUUUUUUUACUUUAUUAAGAGUUAAUUUAUAAUAAUUGCAGUAUUCCUACAUCAUAUUAGAUAUAUUUUUUGAAUUAUUGAUAAUUUCUAUUAUUUUUAGAUAACAAAAUGAAAGUAACUUAAAAUUGCUAUCACGGAAUCUAAACAGGUUGGAAAUUAAAUUAAUCUCAAUCUGUUUAUUAUUACUUAAAGAUUUUGUUUGCUUAGGUUAUAGCUUUUUUAACCGAGUACAGUGUAGCCACGCACAAUAUUGUAUGUUUACACAUGACAACAUCGUGCUAGAUAUAAGUAGUCCGGUAAAUAUUAGUAUUUGAAAAUAUAUCUUUAGUUUUGUAUCUUUGUUGUGUAUGUGAUUUUUAUUUCUUCCUCAUGUAUACAUUUGGAAGUUGUUUUCAUUUAAAUAAAAAUCCUUUAAUGAUAGUUCUAAAAGACAACAUAAGAUAUUAUAUAAAUAGAAAAAAAUAAUAUUAAUGAAUAAAAUAAUAUAUUGUUUCAGCGAUUUGUUUUAACUUUUAUGUUUAUUAUCAUUACUUUGAAUAUAUUUUAGUUGUAAUUCGAUGUGCAAUAGAUGAUGAACAUCAUAACUAUAUGCCAAAGAUAUAAAUGUAAUUUAUUGCAUAUUGAGUCUUUAAAAUGUAAUUAUAUGUUUUUAAUAUUUAAAGUUAAAGAGAACUGAGGACAAUUACUAAGUAUUAUUACAUUUAUAUUAGUAAAAUUUAUAUUGAUGCUGGACCCUGUAACAAUGAUUAUUGCCACUAGAGUAAAAUAGGUAUAUAUUUAAUUAAGUGGAUUUGA